AUGGUCUUCUCAAGAUCUCGCGAGCGGACUAAGAGCGUUGGGCUCGUUGACUUUGCCGACUCUAAACCUCUGGAUGAUGACGACGCCAAAGUUGAAGCGCCCAUCGAUCGUACGGAAGCACCAUCACCAGCAGAAGCAGCAGAAGCAUCAUCAUCAUCAUCACCACCACCACCAGGGCCCUCUGCCGGAACUCGGGCCACACAAACGCCGGUGAUUGAACCCGGCACCGAGUCAGAUGACGAAUUCGAUCUAGACAGUGGUUUACAGGGAGACGACACGACUGCAAGUCUAGCCUCGAGUAUCUACACCUCCUUUGCGUACGAGCGUGGGCGACGGUACCAGACAUUCGGAGAUGGCCAGUAUCCUAUUCCCAACGAUGACUUGGAGCAGAAUAGGGAGGAUAUGAAGCAUGCCAUGUAUCCGAGCGCGCAUGUCUGUGGCAUCGACCUCACGCCGAUUCAACCUGAAUGGGUUCCGGCCAAUGUUUCCUUUCUAGUCGACGACUGCACCCUGGACUGGAUAGAGAGAGAUGUCGACCUAGCUCAUUUCCGAUUUAUGGUCAUGAUACUGAAGGACAUUCCUACGGUCCUCGGCCAUGCCUACGAGUAUGUGAUUUGGUGCCGUUCAACUUUGCCUGCGGCUGGUCAUGGGUUUGUUAUUGACAGUCACUCUAGGAGUCUCCGCCCCGGUGGGUGGGUUGAGCUACAAGAGCUACAGGGCGUACCACUCUGCGACGACGGGACAAUGUCAGACGAGGAUCCCGUAAAAUCCCUCUACGAUACCGCUGGUGCCGCAUAUAAGAAAUUCGGCUUGAGCACAACACUACCCGCAGAGCUUGAACCGUACCUUCGCGAAGCUGGAUUUGAAAACGUGCAUUGUAGAAUAAUGAAGGUUCCCAUCGGAACAUGGGCAAAGGGGAAAAUCAUGAGGGCAAUAGGGCUCUAUCAGAAAAUGGCGAUACUUGACUUUAUCCCAACGCUAGCAGGCCGGCCGUUCCAGGCUCUGCAAAUAUCAGAGGCAGAUGCAGAAAUUCGCGUGGCCUUGGCGAGGAAAGGCUUGGAAGACACGUCGGUUCAUCGGUAUUUCAACUACUACUUUUGGUAUGCGCAAAAACCAGGAUCGUUGAGGAGAGAUGAAGAUGAUGUAUAG